GGCUGGCUUCCUUACCUUGGAGAGGCCCUGAACUUCCAAAAGAAUCCUUUAGGUUUCAUGAAAACACUUCAAAAGCAACAUGGUGACACUUUCACUGUUCUCCUUGGGGGCAUUUCUAUAUCUAAAGGCUCAAAGAGUUGUCCUGAAUUCCCAUGGAUAUGUCUCUGGAUAGCACCAAAUACCUGAAAUGAAAACGUCAAAAUUCAAUUUAUAACGAUCCAGUUGUCAGACGUUUUGUGUACAAGACAACUGGGAAAGUAUAUAACAUUUAUCCUGGACCCUUUUCAGUACCAGUCAGUGAUGAAAAACCGCAAAUUAAGCUUUCGAACAUUUACUAAUAAACUCUUAAGGAAAGCAUUUUCCAUCAAAAAGCUGGAAACCAAUGAUGACCUGAACGAUGAACUUCACAUCUGCUAUCAACUUUUACAAGGGAAAUCUUUGGACAUACUCACAGAAAACAUGAUGCAGAAUUUAAGACAAGUGCUUGAACUCCACCUACUAAAAGCCACAGAUUGGGUCAUGACACCGCUGUUGGCAUUCUGCAACUCAGUGAUGUUUGAGAUCACAUUUACAACCAUAUAUGGAAAAAGUCUUGCUGGUGGUACGAAGAAAUUUACUACUGAGCUAAGAGAUGAUUAUUUAAAAUUUGAUGACAAAUUCCCAUAUUUAGUAUCAGACAUACCCAUAGAGCUUCUAGGAAAUGUCAAGUCUAUUAGAAAGAAACUUAUAAAAAACUUGACAUCAGAACACUUAGCUAAGAUACAAGGAUGGUCAGAAGUUGUUCAAAUGAGGCAAGAUAUCCUGGAGAAAUACUAUACGCUCGAGGACCUUGAAAUAGGAGCACAUCAUUUAGGCUUUCUCUGGGCCUCUGUGACAAACACUAUUCCAACUAUGUUCUGGGCGAUGUAUUACCUCCUACAGCACCCAGAAGCUAUGGCAGUGCUGCGUGACGAAAUUGACCAUUUGCUGCAGUCAACAGGUCAAAAGAAAGGGUCUGGAUUUCCCAUCCACCUCACCAGAGAACAAUUGGACAGCCUGGUCUACCUAGAAAGCACCAUUCUCGAGGUUUUACGACUAUGCUCAUUCUCAAGCAUCUUCCGUUUUGUUCAAGAAGAUUUGACUAUACAUUCAGAGCCGCAGGACUACUGUCUGCGAAAGGGGGACUUGGUCGCCAUCUUUCCUCCAGCCUUACACUAUGACCCGGAAAUCUUUGAAGCUCCAGAGGAGUUCAGAUUUAAUCGUUUUGUAGAAGAUGGUAAGAAGAAAACCACCUUUUUCAAAAAAGGAAAAAAACUGAAGUGUUACCUAAUGCCAUUUGGAACUGGAGCCAGCAAAUGUCCGGGCCGAUUUUUGGCAAUUAUUGAAAUAAAGCAAUUGUUGGUUGUACUUUUAACUUAUUUUGAUUUAGAAAUAAUUGAUGAUAAACCUAUAGAAGCAAACUGCAGCCGUUUUCUGUUUGGUAUUCGGCAUCCAGCCUCUGAUGUUUUAUUUAGGUACAAGGUAAAAUCUUAAAGAAGCUGAAAAGAAAGAAAAGAAAUCUAUCAAAACUAACCUAAAUGUCCUUGGCUUAUCAAUUUGUUUUGAAUUUCUGCAAAUGUAAUUGCUUUGUUUGUUUGUUUGUUUGUUUGUUUAAGAAGUGUCAAUUUAUAUUUGAUCUGUGAUCAGUCCAGUCUGCACAAAACCUAUCAUAAAAUAAAAUAGAAUGUCGACAUGAAAAUGGACAUCAAAAUAAGCAUAAUGAUAAACUCAAAAUAGCUUUUUUAUGUUUUUCUACAUACUGUGAUUUUCGCCUGUCAUAGUAAAUGUACCACAAUAAAUUUGGCACUGUGGGAUUUUUUAAGUCACUCAUAUUCUUUUCUAAUAUGUAAAACCACACUUUAUGUACAACUGGAAAUUUGUGCUAGAAAUGGACACAGUCUAACAAAUGCAAAAUUCUCAGAGAAGAAGGAAAUUAAAUUUUCAUGAGAUAAACCAGGUGAAAAUGUUCCCUUCAAGUGUAAUAUCAAUAAUAUCUAUAAGCGCCUGAGUACGUUUGCAUUAAAUGAGUUUUGCAGUAGAUUAAAUGCUUCAACUUCACUUCAAUAUUUAAUCAUCCAUAAAUGUUCUUUAUUACUUUGUAUACUAUGGCUCAAUGCAACAAAAUUUCUUGUUAUGUAAGACCACUCAUGUUAAGUUAGAUACUGAUAAGAUGUAUAAGAACACACAAAACCUAUUCAUAUUCAGCAGUUGCCCGAGACAUUAGUAUUAGGUCUGUUGUUAGGAGCAAAUGUUGAAAUCAUUACAUGGUAGUGUUUGGUUUCAGUGUAAACUGGAAGGGUUAUAUCAGCAUUGCAAUGAACUCUUUCCUAGAUGCUUCCAUUUAUGUAAACUGAGAAACUAGAUAGCAGGAUUUGUUCUUGACACAUCAUCUUUUGGACUUGGAGCUUAUUUGGAUUGAUUACAUAAUGCAAUAUAAUUUUAUAUGCCAUAACGCAGCAUUGUGUCCAUGAUUCAAAGCUUUCUAAUUUCAGGGUACCAAGUGAUUAUUUGCCAUCUGACAUAAAUGAUGAUACUGUGUAUAAUCAGGAAAAGCAGGUAAUAAAAUUCAGUUAAUUUGUAUGGCAUGAUUGGAACUUCUACUAUUUCAGCAUUGUGCUAUUGGUUUUAAAAGGCGAUUGAUUUUUAAAAUAUCAUAAAGUACAAUACUUAAUAGUAAAUACAUGUUCUAGCAUUCGUAUUCUCCUUCUUAAAGUACAUGCUCUACACAUUUCUUAGUAAAGUUCUGCUGGUCUAAACUCUGAUUUUUGCUUGAUUGGAAAUGUCUUUAUUUUUGCCCUCAUCCUUAAAAGACGACUUUGCUAUGCGCACAAGUCUGUUUCCUCACGGCACUCUGAAGAUACUGCAUAGUCUUCAGGCUUCUGUUGCUGCUGUCAAGAGGUUAGCCUUCCGUCAGUUUAAUUAUUCAAAGGGUAGUCUGCCUCUUCUCUCUGAUGGCGUUAACAUGUUCUUUUUGUCUUUGAUGUUCUUGGUCUUUCUAUAUCAUGCUUGCAUGUCACAGUGCCUCUUGAGUCUGAGAAUAUGUGUCUUUUAUCAGGUGGGAAAAAUUCUCAGCCAUAAUGUCAGAAUAAUACCUCUCCCAGAGUCUGUAUUAGAGCAUCCCACUCGAUACUCCAUGUUGGUUGACCUUUUCUCCCCAUGUUUUCUAGCUCUAAUUUAUAUUCUAGGUAAUUGGUAUAGAUCUCACUCUCACGGUGUACCUAAUCUGCUCUUUAACUCAUCCAUGGAGUUUGUUUCUUGCUUCUUAUUUCACCUCAGAGGAUUGAGUAAUCCUACUCCUUAUCCUUUUUAUUCAUGGUACACACUUAUGAUUUGUCCAAGCAAGACCUCUCUGGCUUUAUCUACUUACUCUAUCUUAUUAUCACUAAUCUUCACCAUUAUACACCUCCCCAUCAUAAACGUUCUGAUGUGUUUGAUGCUUAUCUUUUUAUUAGUAUGUAUUUUUAUAAAACAUAUUACCUAUGUGCAGGUUAAUUUACAUAAGUGCUUUUUCUAUACAUGAGAUCCGUCUUUUUUUAUUAAGCUCUAUGUUUUUAAAGAUCUAUCCAUAUUACUAUACACACACACACAUACAUGCACACACACAGAUAUAUACGUAUAUUUAAUAUGUUUCUUCUAACUGCUGUUUAGUAUUCCAUAACAUGCACCCACAGUGUUUUAAUGACCUCUUCACCCCAUGAUGGAAAUUGUAUCCAUGGGAAACUUAAUUUGGGGGAGAGGCCAAAGCAGGAACUCUACCCCCACCUGUCUUCCCACUGCUGUGUGCAGCCAUCCUUCACCCUGGGCUGCCACAGACUCUGUCCCCAACCAUGGUACCACACCACACACACACACACACACACACACACACACACACACAGUUUGUGACUGCCUUCAUUCUCCCCAAGAUGUUCUAGAGUUGUUAUGUUCCAUCCUUAGAUCCUUAUGAUCCUCUCCUUUCUGUGGGUUGAUUUUGAGUCAGGUGCCAGCUGCCAACUUAGCUUUCAGUUUUUCUUCUGAUCCCACUGAGUUUGCUAAGUUCAAUGAUUAAUUUUGUUCUUCCUAUCUGCCUGGUCCUUUUCUAUGUCUUUUUCCUUUGUCGUACAGUCAAUAUCCUCUUUCAUUUCUUUAAGUAUAUGAAGAAACUUAUUUUAUGUUAUGUAUCUGAAAUUUCUAAAUCAUUAGUAUUUUGUGGGUCUGAUUCUGUGUCUGUUAGUUUAACUCUUACUCAGUAUGGCUUGUUUAUUGAGCCCGUAUUCCUUGGAAUUUUAUCUCUGGAAAAUUUUUAAGACCUGAGUUUUAAGGUUCAUUCCUUUGGGGAGAAGUUGAGUUUCUUUUGUGUGAGUACUGAUGCUAUUAUCAAACUCAGAUCACUUUAAGUUUUCAGCUUGAGUACUUUGAGAGGAGAUGAGGGAUGGGAAAUAUAUGGGUAAUGUGGGUUAUAACCCUAAAUCAGCUACAAAGCAGUUCUGUGAUAAGGAAUAGACAGGAGAGACUUUCUGCUUUGGGGAUUUUUUUUCUUUUCCCAGAGCCACCAGCGAGAGAGGCAAAUCUAGUCAGUCUUGCCUAGUCAGGCAAAUCUAGAGCAAGGUUUCUUUCUAGUUCACCAACCAAGGAUGUUCCCUUUGCAAGUUUUUGGCUUGGUGCAGCACUCUUGGAUUUCACACACACUCCCAACUGAGGCCCUAGGUUUUAUCUUCUGCCUGUCACAAAGCGUAGCCCAUUCUUUUUGUACCACGAGGACAACUAGUCCACCAUAUUCCCUGAAGGAGAAGCUACCAUAUUCUUCCAUUUGUCUCCGCGGUAUACUCUGUCUUACAGCAGAGAGAGCAUGGGAAAUUAUUCACUUCUAAUUUCUGCUUAACUUCAAAGUGUGUCCAGGAAUUUAGAAUAGAAAGUAAGAAUAAACAAAAGGGCUGAGAAAAUAUUAUAUAAAAGAAAUGGGCAGUAGAACCAAACCAGAAUCAUGUCACAGGCUUACAUGUAGGAAUUAAAGAGUGUUUAUGAACAGGAAAAAAAAUGUCAUGUAGAAAUAAGCUAAAAGACAUGGAUUCUAGCUGUGAUAUGACUAGUUUGUUAUCAUCGACCAGUCAUUUUGCUUCUCAUUGCUUCGGUUCCUUAAUUGCAAAAUAAAAAUAAUAAGGCCUUUUUGAAAUGAGGGUUCAUGAUGAGGAUUAAACAUAAUGAGACGUGUGAAUUUAUUUUGAAAAGUGUAAUGCAAUAUGUGAACAUAAAGUUGUAAAGGAGGUACUUUAACAAGGUUGCACCUUUUAAAAACUGUUCUUAUGUAUUUGUUAAAGGGAAUAUUUUUUUAGUCAUCAUACAGUUCAUUAUUCAGUCAAACAUUUAUUGAGCAUUGCCUCUACUCUAGACAUGAGGCUGUGCACUGGAUUACCCUUCUUCAAGAACACACAAUUUAUUAGGGAAAACCACACACACAACCAAUUUAUUGUAAGUGUCGUUGGAAGUAAUAAAUUCAUCUCUUUAAAAGGGUUCUAAAAUUCUGAUUUACCACUAGUUCUAACUAACCUUCCAUCAGUCAUUCCAGAGUCGUGUUCUGUAAUGAGAAAUUACCAUGUGCAUAAUUAUGCACAAUAAAACAUAUACAUCAGGUAUUGUGAUUAUAUGAUAAAAAUAGCAAACCAAACACAGUCAUUGAGGCUCCAGAAUCUUUUUACAAACUAUAUUUUAUAUAUCAUAAGAACUCUUUUUUUUUUCAUUUUUACAGCCCCUCCCUUAGUUUCAAAUUAAAGGAAAUGAAUAAUAAUAUUGUUUUAUAUGUCAUUGGCUAACAGUAACGAAGCAUUCAGUUGGCAAAAACUUAAUGCUCUGAAGAUAUUAAGAAAAAAAGCUAUUUACUACUAAAAUAAGGCACACUGCUAAGCAACCCAUGUGGGGACAUCUGUCUGCCUUGUUCUGGCUUUCCUGGAACACUUAAUUAUAUUUUCUCCAUUUUAUCAUUAAGUUUGGGGUCACAAGUCUAAGGUAAAAGAGUUUCUAUACUCAAAAUCUGCAUGAUUACUUCUGUUUAUUUUCUCACAAAAAAAAAUAAUUUGGGUAACACUUCCUGUAAAUGACUUCUAAUUUAACAGUGGAACCUUAAAACCAGUUUCAAAGAUCAAAGCACAAAAAUUAUUUAAGUUUUGAUCUUAGUAUAAAAUAAUGUCAAUAAUGAUAAAAUAAGAACUCUAUGCCUUUAGAAUAUGCACUGUUCUUAACCUAUUAAAUUCACCCAUAUUGCAAACUAUUAUUUACUUGAACUGCAUUAUUAGGUAUUCAUAUUCACAUACUCAAUUAAGAAAAAGUUAGCAAGCCAAGAUUACAUUCCCUGUAGCAUUAUUUUAAAUUAUAAUGAGUAAUCACAUAAAACUCUCCACUAUUUCUCUAACGCAAUUAUUACUUACUUUGCUUCAUAGUGUUAAUCUAAAUCAGUGAUCAUUGAUGUUUGGACUUUUUAGCUGAAGCCUUUAUUUUGUUUAUAAUACUUUCUUGAGUAAGAUGAAUUUAAUUUGUGAAAAAAACUACUGCACAAUUUUAAAAAGGAGAUAAUUUGGCAAUGCUUAUGUUUAACAAUAUUUUUUAGUCAAAGGGAAGUGCUGUAUGUUAUAAAAAAACUGUUGUUCUGAAUUGUUCGUUUAAUAUCUUUUGAUUUUAAAAUGGUAUAUAUGUGGAUUUAUGAGGGAGUAAAUCUUAAAAAGGCAUUAGAUUAGAAAUGCAAAUGCUUUGUAAUUCUACUUAUCUUUUAUUUACAACAAUAAUUCAAUAAAUUAACUUUUAAAACACA